CUUUAUAAACAUGGCCGUUAAGUCGUUUACGGCGUCAGGUACUGCGUUUGGCUGAAUUAGUUAAGACUUUGAGGAAGUCACUGAGGGCGACUUAAACAGUAACAGGUGGAAAGAAAAUGUAGACGCACAACCGGCGCCUCUAGUUUUUUUUUUGUCUUCGUACUUUUAUCUCUGCGUUUCAACUUCAUGUAGUACUUUAUGCUAGCUAGCUAACCGAGCUAACGCCGACGUCUCAACGCUAACUUCUGUCAACUUUUUUUUUUUUUUUUCCUCCACCAGCUAGCAUAAUCUGCUCCUCGAAAUGGAGGAGUGCCGUCGCUCGCCCAGGCAGUCUCGAUGAAUAUUUUACACACUUGGAUUUACUAAGCUAAGGGCUCGUCUACAUUUUCUUGAAGGCUUCCUUUCGGAUUUUUUUUUUUUGUUUUUUCCUUCUUUUUUUUUUUCCACUGGCAGCAGUCAAGCGCUCGCCAGGCGCCCCGUUCAGGAACAUCUUCGAGAGGGGAGGACGUAAACAAUGUUUUCUGUCAAACCCAUGAAACCAACCUUCAAGUGUUACCUUCCUCCUGUGCAGACUGAUGUGAAGAAAAAUAUCGAACCACCGAUUAAAAAGUUGGAGCCAAAGUUACUUCCAGGAGAGAUCGUAGUUAAUGAGGUGAACUUUGUGAGGAAGUGCAUCAGCGCUGAAAGCAACCAGGAUGACCUCUGGGGGAAGUUGAUAUGCACUAACUUUAAGGUCUCCUUCAUCCCUCAAGAAGCCCCACCCAAGCAGAAGUCCCAGUUGUCACAUCUGCUGCUUGGAGAGCACGACAUCCCCCUGACCUGUCUGGAGCAGGUCGUAACAGUGAACGAUACGAAGGGGAAGAAGAAAGUGCUGGGCUCGAACCAGAAGCUGAAGUUCAACCCCACUGAGCUCAUCCUGUACUGCAAAGACCUGCGCAUCAUAAGGUUCUGCUUUGAUGAAGCGGGGCCCGAGAGUGCAAGAAAGGUUUGCCUUGCUAUCGCCCACUACUCCCACCCAGCGGAUCUUCAACUGCUGUUUGGCUUUGAGUAUCAAGGACGGCGAUACCAUGAAUCUAAAGGGGAGCGAGUCAAUGGGUCCACCCCAAGAGGAGGCAUGCAGACCCCCAUCUUUGACCGUCCGUCCGACUGGGAUCGGGAGAUCAAGAGAACGGGCGCCUCAGAGUGGAGGGUGUGCUCCGUCAAUGAAAGCUACGCCGUCUCACCAAGCCUUCCAGAGUACAUCGUGGUCCCAGUUUCUCUGGCAGAUCAAGAUCUAAAGCAAUUCUCAACAUUCUUCACUGAUAGACGCAUCCCGCUGUGGUGCUGGAAUCACCCCAAUGGGAGCGCUCUUGUCCGCAUGGCCUGCGUAGUUGAUCCCAUACAGCAGAGGAAGAUUGAACAGAGGAUCUUUACUGCCAUCACAAAAAGCCACCCACAGCGCAGUGAAGUCAUCAGGUCAGAGCUGGACAAGUGUCUGCCUAAUAUCCAGGACAUCCAGAGCGCCUUCGUUAAAGUCAGGCAGAUCUGCGUCCUCGAUCCGUUUGAGGAGUCUGAGGAGAGGUGGCUUUCUUCCAUCGACAACUCCCGAUGGCUGGAGUACGUCAGGGCCUUUCUGAAGCACGCAGCCGACAUAGUGUACUACAUGGAAGGAAAGAACGUCUCCGUCAUUCUCCAAGAGGAAGAAGACCGAGACCUAAACUGUGUGGUGUCCUCACUGGUGCAGCUCAUGUUGGACCCUCACUAUCGCAGCCUCAUUGGCUUUCAGAGUUUGGUGCAGAAGGAGUGGGUGAUGGCUGGCCAUCGCUUCUUGGACAGAUGCAACCACUUAAAGAAAAAUUACAAAGAGGAGUCCCCACUGUUCAUGCUGUUCCUGGACUGCGUGUGGCAGAUGAUGAACCAGUACCCAGCGACGUUUGAGUUCACAGAGGCCUACCUGACGGUGCUGAGUGACAGCAUGUGGAUCCCACUGUUCAGUACUUUCCUCUUCAGUUCUUCCAAACAACGCGCUCAGCACUUGAUGGACUUUGCCAAGAACAAAGCCAUCCCUCAAGGAGAAGACCAGGUCGUGUAUUUCCCUCCUGUCUGGGAGUGGUCACAGCAGUUCUCCAUCAAAGAUCAAACCCUCUUUAACAACCCCAUGUAUGUGGGCAAAGGAGCUGCCUGUGUUCAGAACGGAGAGGUGAAAACCUUCAGACGCACAAAGCAGAAAACCUACAGUUCUACACUGCGUGGAACCGCCACACUCAUGCGUAAUGGACUCAAGGAGGGAGAGGAAACCCUGGUCCGACGGGGCUCUCUGAUGUCAGAGCUGAAGUCUGAUUUCUCGGCAGUGAAAGACGAAAGCCCGUCAGAGCGCUUCUUCAGGGACUGGUUCUCUCGACCGGCUGACCAGCAGGGCCUCCUGAUACCCCUGUCCAUGCCCUCACAUGUGGCCCUCUGGAAGCUCUUCUUUCUACGCUGGGUGCCCGAAGCCUGCAUUACCAGAGGAGGCUCCAUCACCGCCUACCACAAGCUCUCCCAGCUGGUCGAUGAGAUCGAGAUACUGCAGAGCCAGCUCAGGCAGUACAAGGGACCCAGUCCGGGCAACACACCACUCCCAAGCCCUAGUGGCCCCCCUUCAGACCAAAGGAGGAUGUAUUUUAAGGCUAGUUCCCCAGACGACCCCCCUACCCCUCCAGACUUCCUCACCUCCUCCUUUCCUUUCACCCCCUCUGGAAACCUGUGCCGCCGCAGUGUCUAUGGGACUCCCAUCAGCAAGUUUCUGAACGGGGCGAGGAUCUGGCUCUCGACAGAGACUCUUGCUAAUGACACUGUGUGAGGAUGUGGGGCUUUGAGGCUCACGUUUCUGAGCCUAGUACAGGCUUUUGUAGUAACUAAUCAUAUUAUUUUCUAUUACCUCUUUCUUAAAUACCAACAAGGAAACUGAGAAAUAGAAAAACAUGCCAUUUUGGACUUCUGAUUUUAAAUUAUUUAUAAGCUAGAAUUUGCACCAUUGAUGCUGCAUCAAAAUCUGAGGUGAUUUCUAAAUUCAAGUGUCAUCUGUAGGACUGAAUCAUUGUUGUCCAUUAUAGCUGAGGAAUUCAGAUUCUUUCAAGCACAUCCUUCUUGUUGGCCAGUGAGCUGUUACUGUGAGGUCUCCUGUGACUGUGAAAGAUCUUCAUUUUUACGAUAGAUGUAUUUUCUUGUCUUCUUCAUCUUAGGUCUUUCUCAGGCUAUGCUAACUGCUCUCUUUUGCUGAGCUUACUGUAUGAUACGUCCCGCACAAAGAGUGCUUUUUGAUAUUUUACCAGAGAGUUUAGAUGCAGUUGAAUGUUCUUUCACUGCAUGUUUGAAAGCAAUAAUUGAAAUUGAACUAUGACAAGUAUGUGUUUAGUCAUUGGUCAGACAGACUUCUCCGCUGAAAUGGAAUAAUGAUAUUUAGAAAUAGGAAAUGCCCAUUUUUAUUGCAGCAACAAUGAUGCAUUUCACUAAACACUGAUUUCUAAGUACUCCUUUUGUUUGUGGCUUCCAGGAAAUUUAAACAAGGAUGUAAUUUUUUAAUAUUUCAGAAAGAGGAACAGAAAAUAACACUGCUAACAAGUAUUCUAUUAUGUGGUUAAAACAAAAAAAACAUCUGGCCUGGUUGAAUGUAAUGGGGUGUGUGCGCGUGUUGGUUUUUUUUUUUUUUUGCACAGACUUACUGCUGUUUGCUACAAGUGCCCAUAUUUCAAUGGUUGUUUUGGGGUUUUGCUAUAGGUAGCAAAUGGUGUGAUUUCAGGGUCUAACUUUGUAGAUUUCCUCUAUUUUUGAAGCAGCAAUAAGGGCUUAUAUUUUAGUAUAAUAAUGCAUGUGAUGCGGAGGGGAGGUGGAGCUGUGAGGAUUUCAAUCUGUGGUAGAUAUUUCCCCUUCUCUUUUGAAGGGGGGUUGAAUUAAAGUUUUAUAGAGGCCUUCUGGUAAGGCACUGAGAAGAAACUGUUCAGUAGAUGAAUGGCGAAACAAUUUGAAACUAAAGGGACAGACAAAUGUGUUUGACUCAAACCAGUCCCUAGUUUAGUGUGUGUCGGUAAGUCAGUCAUAUUUCCAGUUACUGAUCCAGUGAGGGUGGCGCAGUUUCACAAGAAAGAUAUUAGCAAUAAGUCACAUGGAUACCAAGUUCAAUAAAUGCACAAUGUUUGUAAUUUUGACAUCUCAGAGUGACAGGAGGAUGUCUGCUCUUGACAGUCUUGAAAGUCAGAAAGCAAUAACUGUAUACACUGUUUAACAUACUGUAUGUGUUGUUUCUCUUCAUAAUUCUGCUCUGCAUCGACAAAUGAUUAUAACCAACAGGAACUGAAGUUACUGUAAUUACAGUUAGGAUGCUAAUAGUGAGGUUCAUGCACAAAGAUUGAUGCAAUUAAGGAAAUUUCUUGGGAGAUGUAGGAACAUGUACACCCCUUAAAAUGUCUCCUUGGGGAGUUUAUCACCAGCUGAACUAGGGACUGGUUGGAGACGCAUCUGGGCACAUGGAUCAGUUGAAUUAUCACUGUGUAAUAACUUAAAAUGACAACACAGCAGUAAUUAUCAAACCCUUUGUAAAUCAAAGUAUAAGACCACUGGACAGAUUUCAUGUCUGUCCUACAAAGGAGCGUUGAUCCUGGAUUCCUAGACUGACCAGUUUCCAAUAAUAUACAUUGAGCUCAUGAUUCUUUGGCAAUAACUAGAUCAGGUGUUACUAAGUGUAGUGUAUAAUGUGAGUGCAAGCCUGCUCUCCCAAAUGCUAUUAAUUGCACAUUUUACUCCGUAUAUAGGAUAGAUUGUUUCAAGGCAGUUGAAUAUAAUUUUGGCAAAUAUUAUAAAUACUGUAUAUGCUUGAAAUCUUCCAAUUAAUAUUUUUUUGAUUAAUGGUACUAAAUAACUUUUAUCCUUGAUUUAGUCUUUAUAUUUUAUGGAGAGAUAUUUAUAUGCUGUUUUCCACUAAUUCACGAUGUUGCACUCUGCUGUAAUUGUAUGAUGACCGUGUGUCCGUGCGGCACAGUUUGAUUUUGAUUCGCAGCAGAUGUAUUUAUUCAGUUAUGCAAAUGUUCUCUAAGAGCGAUGCAGCUGCUACUGCGCAUCCUCUGUGCCUUUUUUGGGAAGUUUGACCAUUUUUGUAACUAUAUUCUAAAUCUGUUGACUUUAUUGUAGUUUUCUAAAGCUGAUGAUUUUUACCAAUUCUGUAAAUCUAGUUAAAUUCAAAGGUACUGCACUGAAGCUGUUUUUUUCCUAACAGAGAAUAAGGCUCAAUUGUGUACCAGUAACCAAUCAUUACAUUAGUUUUCAAAUG